AUGAGACUUUAUUCCUUUGAAAAAUUGGAUGGUGUGAGGGUGAUACCCCCCGUUCGUCCUCACGAAGGUAUUCGCAUAUAUCAGAGAGCAACAAGAAUUUAUCUGGAGACAGAUUUUGGCUUAUACGUGAGCUUUGAUGGCAAUCAAAAUGCAGAAAUAAAGCUGGCCAACACCUACCAGAACAGAGUGGAAGGCUUGUGUGGCAACUUUGAUGGGAUAUACAGAAAUGACUUCACUAAUCCCGAUGGUGUUUGGGUGAGGAACGUGAAUGUAUUUGGUGAGAGCUGGAAAGUUCCUGUCCAAAGAACAGCCUCUCGUCGCAGACGAGAUGUCUCUACAGAAGAGGAGGAGGAACCAGAUACAGGGCUUUUCCAAGGUUGUGAUGAAAGCACACUGGAACAACAAAACAGGACCUCUAGGUGUCAAAUUCUGAUAGAGUCAAAUGGUCCUUUUGCAAACUGCCAUUCUACCAUCUCACCCGAUUUCUAUCUCACGAGCUGCCUUUUUGAUACGUGUGUGGAAGGAGAUGAUAAUGCUACAUUAUGUCGCAGUCUGGAGCAGUAUGUGCUGGCUUGUCAGGAGCAAGGAAUCAGUGUGGAAGGCUGGAGGCAACAAACACUUUGUUCAAUGGAGUGUCCUGCCAACAGCAACUACAGCUCCUGCAUGUCCGCGUGCCCAGCGUCCUGCGCUGACCUAACCAGCCCCUCUGAGUGCGACUCGCCCUGUGUUGAAGGCUGUGAAUGUCUCCCUGGUUAUGUUCUCAGUGGUUUUGACUGCGUGCCUUACAGGCAGUGUGGAUGCACAUACCUUGACAAAUAUUAUGAGAUUGGAGAAACAUUCACCACUGAUGACUGCUCUCAGACAUGCCUUUGCACAGAAAGCUCCAGCGUCUCCUGCUCUAACAUAGUGUGUGGAGGUGAAGAUAUCUGUGGCAUUUCAAACUAUACUCGCGGAUGCUACAGAAGUGGACCAUGUAUGCCAAGUCCUUGUCAGAAUGAUGGAGUUUGCUCUGAGACUACCAAUGAUACUUCUCUCACGUUUUCUUGUGAAUGCACAGAACUGUACACAGGAGAUACCUGUGGGACUGAACGGAUAGAUCAAACAGCUACAGAUCAAACACCAGAGGAAAAGGACUAUACAGCUGCCAUUGUUGUGGGAGUUUUGGCAGGUGCUGUUGUUGUCCUCAUUCUCAUCUCCUCUGCAGUAUACCUGUUCAGCGCAGCAAACCCUGGGAACCCCCAGCCUGGGGACCUGAUCGAGAUUUUCCGGCCAGCUUAUCAGCACUGGGCCCUCUACCUGGGGGAUGGCUACAUCAUCAAUGUGACGCCUGUAGAUGAAGGGCCUUCAUCGUCGUUCGCCAGUGCCAAGUCAGUCUUCAGCAGAAAGGCCCGGGUAAGGAUGCAGCUCCUGAAGGAUGUGGUGGGAAAUGACACCUACCAAAUCAACAACAAGUAUGACAACACCUACCCCCCCCUGCCCAUGGAGGAGAUCAUCCGGCGUGCUGAGUACUACAUUGACCAGGAAGUGUCCUACGACCUGCUUGGCAACAACUGCGAGCACUUUGUGACACUGCUCCGCUAUGGAGAGAGGGUCUCUGAGCAGGCCAACCGAGCAAUCAGCGCCAUUGGGUUUGUAACAGCUGCUGCUAAUGCCUUCUACUUGCUGGGCCUGUUGCGAAGAAGAUUCAGAGAACGGCAGUACUGA